GGGGGAAGAGGCCACCGGCAGCGACAUAAGGUCUCUUUAGAUACCGCCGCCUCCGCGGCCACUCCUUUAGACUCUGGACGUGCAGAGGCUGGGGGCGCUCUGCCUCCGCCUUAUAAAGAGCCCAAGGUUCAGGGCCGUCAGUGAAGCCCGGGAGGCGGGUCCCAGGCCUCCACCGCGUCAGGGGCGCCGGCGCCGCGACCCCACUUGUUGCGGCGGCGACCGCUGCGCCCCGGGACGCGCAAGUCUCCACUGAGCGCCGCGAGGAGGCGCGCACUGGGCGGUGCUGGGCGAUCCGUGGAUCGUCUCACGACGAGAUGGGACGCUAUUCAGGCAAGACGUGCCGGCUGAUCUUCAUGCUGGUGCUCACCUUCGCCUUCUUCGUGGCGGAGCUGGUCUCAGGCUACCUGGGCAAUUCCAUCGCCCUGCUCUCGGAUUCCUUCAACAUGCUCUCGGACUUGAUCUCACUGUGCGUGGGGCUGAGCGCCGGCUACAUCGCCCGGCGUCCCACCCGGGGCUUCCGAGCCACCUAUGGCUACGCCCGCGCCGAGGUGGUGGGCGCGCUGAGCAACGCCGUCUUCCUCACCGCGCUGUGCUUCACCAUCUUCGUGGAGGCCGUGCUGCGCCUGGCCCGGCCGGAGCGCAUUGAUGACCCGGAGUUGGUGCUCAUCGUCGGCGCCCUGGGACUGGCAGUCAACGUGGUGGGGCUGCUCGUCUUCCAGGACUGCGCCGCCUGGUUCGCCAGCUGUAGCCGGGGCCAACGCCAGCAGCAGCAACAGCUGGCCGGUGGCGGGGUCCGCGGCGCUUUCGGGGGCCCCCAGGGCGCCGAGGGUCGGCAGCCAGUCGCGACCUGGGCAGUCCCCAGCUCGGAAUCGGCUGUGACUCUCCGGGUGGCUCCCGCUGAAAGGAAGGAGGCGAAGGGGGCGACCGUGUUCUCAAACGUAGCAGGUGAUUCCUUGAACACCCAGAAUGAGCCUGAAGAGACUGUGAGAAAGGAGAAAAAGUCUGAAGCCUUGAAUAUCAGAGGUGUACUUUUGCAUGUGAUGGGCGAUGCCCUGGGGUCAGUGGUUGUGGUGGUCGCAGCCAUCAUAUUCUAUGUGCUUCCUCUGAAACCUGAGGACCCGUGUAACUGGCAGUGCUACAUUGACCCCAGCCUCACUGUCAUCAUGGUCAUCAUCAUUUUGUCAUCUGCCUUUCCACUCAUCAGAGAGACUGCAGCCAUUCUGCUACAGAUGGUCCCCAAGGGAGUCAACAUGGAAGAGCUGAUGAGCAGACUUUCUAGUGUGCCUGGAAUUAGCAGUGUACAUGAAGUGCACAUCUGGGAACUUAUAAGUGGAAAGAUCAUUGCCACCCUGCACAUCAAGUAUCCAAAGGAUGGGGGCUAUCAGGAUGCCAGUAUAAAAAUUCGAGAAAUCUUCCACAAUGCAGGAAUCCACAAUGUGACCAUCCAGUUUGAAAAUGUGGACUGGAAGGAAUCCCAGGAGCAGAAGGACCUGCUCUUCCUCUGCAGCUCACCCUGCAUCUCUAGGGGCUGUGCGAAGCAGCUGUGCUGUCCCCCCGGAGCACUGCCCCUGGCCCAUGUCAAUGGCUGUGCUGAGCACAAUGACUCUUCCACUCUAGAUAUAAACCAAAGUGAUGGCCUCAGCAGAAGAGACAUCAUGGAAGUGGCUAUUGAAGUGUCUUUGGAUGGCUGUCUGAGUAACCACAGACACGCGCUUAAAAAUACUCAAGAGGACCAACAUUAUGUAAACAGCACACAUUUUUAACCUGGUACCUACAUAAGCAGACUGGACAAUUGAUUAACUUGGCCAUCAUCUUGGCUUAUGGAACGAGCUUUGUGGACUGUAGGCACUGACCAAACUCGCAGUGUGCACUCUCUGUGUUCAGUAAGGGGUUGGCUAUUUGGGAUUUUAAUUUAACUUGUUUGUAUAAUUUUUAUAUGAUGGAUAACACCUUAGCAUCACCCUGGGCAUCUAAUGUGGGUCUUCAACAAUUUAGUUUGAGCAUUCAUUUUCUAAAGCACACUGCACUAGUGUAUAGAUCAGGAACACUGAAGGCUGGGACUCAAUGACUGUGCACAGAGGAUUUAAAGUACUUUGUUUUCUUAACUGAUUAGAGCUUCUAACUGGCUCUCAGGUGAGCCCAGAACCUAAGUACAUAAAGAAACUUUAAAAUCCAUGAUAGCUUUAUUUUCCUAUUCCCUUGGAAGAUCAUUUAUAGAGGAAUGUUAGGUAUUCUUGUCACUGCAGACACUUUUUUUUUGUCUUUUGACUCAUUUUGAAUACAUGUAAAAUGCAUACCUACUAGGGUAGAAAAUGUUUUCACAACAUUAGAAGAGGUAGAUUUUGGUGGGGUAUCCAAAAGAAAGUGCUUUUGGAUUGUCUUCAUUUUGAGAGGUGGAGAGAAAAACUAAUGUUUACUUUCUGCUGUGAAAUGAAUUACAGCUGUAGGUUGUUCAAAUGUUUAAAUAGAUAAUAUUCAAUUAUUUCACUUGGAAGUGUGGGAAUAGUUCUUCAUUCUCAAGUAUGACACAAGUAUUUAAAUGACUGUCUUUUAGAGUCAGUCCCAUUGAAACUGUUUUCCUUUAUUGCUUUACUAAUGAUUUACUUAUUUGUCUAAUUUCCUUUGAGGCUUCUUCAGUAGGAUUAUAUUGAUCUAUAGCAUUUACCAAGAGAAAAUAAGCAUUUGUGGGAUAGAAGAAUAUAUACAUUGAGUAUUCAUUCCUGCCAAAUAAAUAAGCUAGAUUGCCUUUUCUUUAAUUAGUUUUGUUUAAACGUAUGUAUUAUAGCUACCAACUAACAACUUGACGGAAAAGUCUAUGUCCAAGGGGAGAAAUGAGUAUUUAUUUAAUUGCUGCUUUUAAUGUAUUUUGAGGAGCUUAGAAUUUUCUUUUACAUCUGUGACCCAUAUUACCAAGUUCAAAUAUGCUUCUUAGAAUCUGAUUCAGACCUAUCACCCAUCUACAUUAGUACUGAUAGAAGUAUCUAUUAUGUUUCUAACAGAUUGUUUAGUCAUCAGUAUUUUAAUCAAAAAAGUCUUGAAAUAAGUAUGAGGGCCUGGGAGGUGCCUUACUACAACACUAGUAUCUUCUUUCAUGGGUUGGCUGGAGGUUUGGGUCCUUUUUAGAAUCUGCACAGGACUCACAAGAAAUUUGAAUUGGUAAAAGAAAUAGCACCCACAUCUUUCAGAACCAUCACCUUUUUAAAAAGCGUCCGUCUUAAAUUCUAAGGCUAAAAGAAGUAGGCGGCUGUGAUCAAUAGAAUAGGAAAAUUUUGACUCCUUGAAAAUUUAUUAUCUGAGUUUAAAUUGGUCAUGAAUCAGGUAAACAGAAAAAAAAUGCCUAAAUAUGUUUUUACACCUAGGAGUUUAUCAGGCCACAUUAUAGGCACUUUAUAAUUAAAAAGGGUGUAAAAUGUAAGACAACACUUACGUUUUAGGUAAAGGUGUGGCAUGUACUCAUAGAAACCAGGGGAUUCUCUAUGAAUCUCACCAUGGUGAUAUGCAGGGCCAAGUUCUUGACGUAAGUGUUGAUUGAGAUGGCUAACCCCGGAGCCAGUGAAGAGCUUUUCUCUCAUUUCCGAAUUUGAAAAUCUAAUUUGAUUUCACAUCAUUAUGUCUUUAUUAAAAAGGAAAAGUUCUAAUUUCAUAGUUUUCAUGCAUCUGGCUAAAGGAAUGCAUAUUAGUUUGCAUCCAAAUAAUGUUCUUUAAUUAAUCUCAAAGUAUUUUUCUGGAAAGGAAAAAGCAUUUAAUUCCAAUAUGAUUAAAUCUAACUUCAGAAAAGUAUUUCCCAUAUACACUUGUGAACAUACCAAAUUAUGGAGUAGUUAGUGUGAAAUGACACCUUUUAAAAGACAGAUUAGCUGAGUGUGUUUAAUAAGGCCCAAACAGGCCAAUUAACAACAAUCUUUUUAUAUUGAGUUAGGUGUUCAAUUUGCUACCCCAGGCACUGUGAUGCAUGCAAAGUCUGUGUGGUAUUUUGACUUGGGUUUUACUCUCCUUUGAGUUGUCCUGCCUUUUAAGUCUUGAAAGGAAAUGCAAGAGUUUUUCUUGUUUCCUUCAAAUCAGCCCUGCUCAGUGGCUUUGGUACCUGAUGAACAGUAGAUUUGCAACACUUCUAUUUUUCUUGGAGAUUAGAAAAAUACUGCCACCCAGUUUGGUAUUUUGGAAUUCUUUAGGUUAAUUUCAGAAAAUUUCCUCUUUUUUGUUUCUCACAAAAUAGAAAAUAAUUUUUAAGAAGCCUGUGGGAACCUCUGUGUGUUAGGUCAGGAUCAGUUUGUCUGCAUGCUAAACUAAGGUAGCUCAGGGGAAAAAGGCCUUACCACUGCUCUUUGAAAUUCCCAUCUACCCUCUAGUACUUUUUCUAUUUCUAUAGAAAGAGUGCUUUCCACACUAUUUCAGCACCAGCUAUUGGAAGUAGUAUGUCUGCCUUUAUCUUCUAAUUUUAAACUUUGUUUUUGAAAACAGAGUUUAAUUUUCCCUAUGAUAGUUGACCCUUGUGAACAUUCCAGAGAGCUACCAGGCUCCAUUGCUGACAAAAUAUCAAUAAAAUAGAGAGGCAUUAUUUGAGGAAGAAUUAGAAUAUUGCUUCAUAUUGAGUUAUAUUUCCCACCCCACAGAAUUAUCAAACUGUAGUGGGAGUAAAUCAGGAACUCUAAUUCAGUAGGAAUGGGUGUUUUGAAGAUCAGGGAAAUCAGUAAGGCAGAUUUUGGAUUUUAAUAAGGCAGCUGCCCUCUGAAGUAGUGGGAUCUUUCAUUAUGUUUAAGCCAGGGUUUCUCAUUCUCGGCAUUAGUGACAUUUUGAGCUGGAGAUUUCUCUGUUGAGGCGGCUGCCCUGUGCACUGAGGGGUGUUACGAGGCAGCCCUGGCCUCUACCCACUAGAUUCCAGUAGCACAUCCCUCUAGUUGUGACAAUUAAAAAUGUCCCCAGACGUUGCCAUUUGGGGACAAAAUUACCACAGUUCAGAACCACUGGCUUGAACUAAGUGUAGUUUAGGGAAGGUGUUGAGUAAAGUCCCUUCAGGGCCCAGUAAUCCAUUUAAUAUAGUCCAUUCUGCAAAAUGCAGUCUUUAAAAUACUUUUUAAAGGUCAGAUUGAGUUAUUAGUAAAGACUGAAGUUGCCUCUACUUAGGAACUUUGAACAUUUAAAGAAAAAAUAGAAUUAAAAAAAUCCUUACAAAUCUGAUUAUACAGAUGAAUAAUUCAAACAGUGAAUUAAAUGAACAAAAAAGCCUUUUCUCUCACUAUUCUGUGAUGAUUUCUUCAAUUCAUGAGUAUCCUAAAUUUGAUAAACCCACUACUAAAUGAGACUGGUUAAAAGUACCAUUGAUAAUUGGGGUUAAGUUAUUUAAUUCUCUUUUAUAUUUAAAAUUAUCAAUUUUAAACUUGAUACUUCUUUUUAAUGGUUCCUGAUAAACAGCUAAUGACAAGUUCAGAUGUUAAAACAAAAUAUUUAUUUAGGUUAAUUAAUCUUUUGCCAACUCAUUCAUUUUCUUCUAGUGGACAGAUAUACAUUUUCUGCUUUGAAAUAUACUUUAAAUAUAUAUCAUCACAUCUUUUGCAGUUAAGGACUGCAAAAAAGAUGGGUUUAAAAAAAAAGUGAGAAAACAUGACCUGACUUGGAUUUCAGAUUUAUUUUGGGUGGUUCUCACUGACUGCAGGCCUGCUGUAUGGUUCUAUCAUUCACCUGGUGCCCAGUCACCUAUUUGUGCUUCGUAAUGGAUUUGUAUGUGAGUAGCCACAGGUAGAACCAGGACAUUAGCUUCUCAAAUGGAACAUACAUCCUCAGUGCAAUCUAAAUGUUCUUAUGCAUUUGAAGAGUAGUUUAGCUAAUGCAGAUGUGUCAUUUUCUGGAGCUUCUCUUUUCAGGUGUUUUAUUGUGGACCUUUUUGUUUACAUGGAAUUUUCCUGAAUGUUGCUAGAUGGAUCAACUCUCUCCCCUUGGUACAAAGCCAGUCCAGUGACACUGAACCUGCUCUGAAUUCAAAUGGGAAGAGCCUAGAAAGGACAAUGAUUUUCAAAAGAGGGUGACCCCUUCCUGGAGGUCUGGUGUUAUGUUACAGUAUUAUGGAGUUUUGUUGCUUAACGUUUUCUUUCUGUUCUCACAGACAAUUUUGCCAAAAUAUAAUCAUCACAUUUGGGGGAAUUAUUAAAGUUCUAAGAUACAAAAUUUAUAGAACUCUUUGCUGAUUGCAUGUGAAACCUCCCAAAAUGUAUGCACACAUGCUUUUCUUUAAAAGUGAAAGAUAUCCAAUGGUGCUGUAAAUAAACUAUUUUUCGAAAACAAAAA